AUCUCUCACAAACUCACGCUCACGCCUUUAUCCUUCUCCCUCUUCUCUCUCCCCUCCUCCUCUCCUCCUAAAAAGAAAAUGAAGUUCUCCUUGAAAGCUGUCGCCCUGGGUGCCUUGAGUGCUUUGUUGGCCACCGCAGCUGUUGCUGCACCUAUCGAGAAGCGCGAUGCUGCCUCUGAUCGUAUCGCUGCCUGCUUUGUCGGCCUCAUCUUCACUGGUGCCUGGCCAGGUAGCUGUCAAGCAGCUAUUGCUGUCGACGUCGGUUUGAUUCGCUCCAUCGCUCUCGACCAGAUGUCGAUCGACUUCACACCCGCAAACGCAUGGGCGCCCCUCACGUCAUCCAGCAGUAUCACUGCUACCAUGCUCUCCAUCCCCGGUAUCACCCUCCCUAUCGACAGCAUUAGUCAGCACAUCAUUAUUGCCGAUAACGGAGUGCAGAUCGGUAACAUCGAUACGCCCUGGACCGGCGCCAGCGUCAGCGGCUCUACGCUGAAGACUUCGUAUCCAUCAUCCGCCCUUAAUGUCUUCUCGAGCUCGCACGCCGCCUUCUCCGGCUUCAUUAGCGCGCUCUCAACCAGUGCGUCACAUCCUUCCACGCUCCAGGGUACAGUUGACGCCAAGCUGAACCUCGGUAUCUUUGGCCACCUAACCAUCUCCGGCAUCGGUUUCAAGUCCUCGGUCCCCUUCUCUGGCUUGAACAACCUGCAAGGAAUGAAGUACAUCUACUUGAUCGAUACUAACUUUGACACGCCCGGAUUCAUCACCUUGACCUCAAUCAUCAACAUCGUGAACCCCAGCAGCCUGAGCCUCAAGCUCGGCAACGUUGCCUUCAGCACCAGCACCUCCGGCGGCGUCGUCGGUACCUCGACCGUUAAGAACCUGUCCUUGGUUCCCGGCAACAACUACGUCCUCUCAACCACCGCCCUAGACACCUCCAAGGCCGCUGCGACUGACUUCCUGAACGACCUCACUGUUAAGGACGUCACCCUCAUCCUCUCGGGCUACAACGCGACCUCAACCAAUCCAGCCUUGAACGCUGGUCUUGCUGCACUGAAGAGCAACCUGGUCGUGCCCUCUAACUUUGCCGGUACGACCGUGUCCCAGCCCCCAUACAAGAACUGGUCCCUGAAGAUCUUGCCCACAACAGGCACGGACUUCCAGGCCCAGGUCACUGCUACCUUCCAGUCCCCUUACUACGGAUACCCUGUCCAGAUGGUCCUUGCCGCGGAUGAGUACCAGGAUAACUAUGCCGCUGUUGACGGCAUCUCAUCCCAGACCAACAUGAUGCGUUUGUUCACGUUCGAGAACACCUUGACCUUCUCGGUCUCGGGUACCGGUUCCGCCACUGUCACCUUCAACGUUGCCAUCCCUGGUCCCUUCCAAGCUAGUCAAAAGGCUAACUGGCAAGCGUUGGUUACCUACGGUUCCUCCAAGGGUUAUAUCCCCGUCCAGCUGUCAUGGAUCGCUAACAUCAUUGUGAACAACGAUGGCAUCAACCGCUACGUCGACUGGGGUAAUUCCGGCACGCUUCUGCCUGAUAUUAACAUUGCUGUUGGCUCGGACUUUGCUUCCAUCCUCAAGGCCUUCCCCGCCGCGUAAAAGCAUCAUGAAAGGCGCCAUCUCUUCAGAUGCGUUCGUAUUUCAUACAACGAGAUGUUAAUAAUAAAACAAUAGCAGCAGGCUGUUACAAAAAUGCGAC